CCAAGCCACACAGAACAGGCGAUGAGUUCCUUUUCCGCCCUGAACAGUGACGCAGCUGCCGUGACGUCCGGGAACAUGGCGAACAUUAGAAGUGUCAAGGGCAUGGUGGGGCUGGUGACGGGCGGGGCGUCCGGUCUGGGUCGUGCCACGGUGGAGCGUCUGGUGCAGCAGGGAGCGAGUGCUGUGGUGCUGGACCUGCCCUCCUCAGACGGCCACGCCCUGGCCGCCAGCCUGGGGGACCGCUGUGCCUUCGCCCCUGCAGAUGUGACGUCGGAGGCGGAUGUGAGUGCAGCGGUGGCGUUGGCCCGGAAACGCUUCGGGAGGCUGGACCUGGCGGUGAACUGUGCAGGCAUUGCCGUGGCGGUGAAGACCUACAACUUUAAGAAGGACGUACCUCACAGCCUGGAGGACUUCACCCGUGUCAUCACCGUGAACAUCGCGGGCACCUUCAACGUGAUCCGUCUGGCGGCGGGGGAGAUGGGGCGGAACGAGCCGGACGCAGAUGGGCACCGAGGCUGCAUCGUCAACACAGCCAGCGUGGCGGCCUUCGAUGGACAGGUGGGCCAGGCAGCGUACUCGGCCUCUAAAGGAGGCAUCGUGGGAAUGACCCUCCCCAUCGCCAGAGACCUGGCCCCCAUGGGCAUCAGGGUGGUUACCAUAGCGCCUGGGCUCUUCUCCACCCCUCUCCUAGCAGGGUUACCUGAGAAGGUACGUUCCUUCCUGGCUCGCCAGGUUCCCUUCCCCUCCCGCCUGGGAGACCCUGCAGAGUUCGCACACCUGGUGACGGCACUGGCGGAGAAUCCUAUGAUCAACGGAGAGGUCAUCAGGCUGGACGGAGCCAUACGCAUGCAGCCAUGAGUGUGUGUGUAAGGAUGAUGUGUGUGUGUGUGUGUGUGUGUGUGAGAACUAUAGAAUGUCUCCUCCUGGCCUGUUGUUUCCAGUAAUAAACUGUCUCUGCUGCUCUGUG